CAGCCCGGGGUUGGAGGCUUGAGAUGGUUCUUUAGUCCCACUUCCUUUUCCCAAACUCAAAUGUGCACAAUUAAAGGUUGUUAGCAAGGAGGGAAGGGUUAGACUUUCAUCAGAGGAGCCUCAUUACUAAGGAGGAUGUGAAAUAAUAGCGUGCAUCAAGUACUAGACCUGAAGGAGCUGAGAUUGGGUUGGGAUUAUGGGGUAUUCAACUGGGAGCCGUGACUAAGGAACCAAAUCAGAUUUGUGCUUGGGGUGGAGUCCUGAGCUUGUUCCUUCCUCCUGGCAUGAGGUGAUCCCCAGGCAGGCUGGGUGGUGGGCUCGCUGCUUUGGCAGUCAGUUGGAGAGCAUUUGUGCUUUGGAGCGCCUGUGGAGCCCACCUGAAGAAAAGUCUGUUGAGCAGCAGUUUGAAAGCAAAAGGUGAAGAAAUCCCAUGUGCCAAAUUGGCCACCCAGGUGUUGAGGAAAGGUGUAACAGGCUGUCUAGAUGAACUGCUUCUGAUGCCAGAACUGUGAAGACCUACCUCGCCUCGUGGCUGUAUGGAUAUGACCAGCUAAUAAGUAUAAUAUAGAAUCCACUGAAUUUACUUUUGCAGUCUACUGACUUCUGUAUCAGGGCUAUUUUUUAAACAUCCUACAAAGGGUUAAUGGACCUUGUAAAGGACUCCUAACCAUUUGCAGCUUCAUAACUCAUAUCUAGAUGUCACCGGUGUUUCCCAUGUUAACAGUUCUGAGCAUGUUUUACUAUAUCUGCCUUCGGCGCCGAGCCAGGAUUGCUACAAGGGGAGAAAUGAUGAACAGCCGGAGAGCUAUUGAAUCAAACAACCGAGCCUUACCUGUCAAUGUUGAAAUAGUCCAGUAUGCCAAAGAAGUCUUGGAUUUCAGUUCCCAUUAUGGUAGUGAAAACAGCAUGUCAUACACCAUGUGGAAUUUGGCAGGUAUUCAGAAUGUGUACCCUAGUUCUGGUGACUUUACUCAGACUGCGGUGUUUCGAACUUAUGGAACGUGGUGGGAUCAAUGUCCUAGUGCCCGAUUGCCGUUCAAGAGGACUCCACCUAACUUCUACAGCCAGGACUAUGUGGAGCUUGCUUUUGAGGAUCCAGUAUAUCCCACAGCUGUGCAUAUUCUGGAAACGUAUCAUCCUGGAGCUGUAGUUAGGGUUUUGGCUUGUUCUGCAAAUCCCUAUUCCCAAAAUCCACCAGCUGAAGUAAGGUGGGAAGUCCUUUGGUCAGAGGCGCCUACCAAGGUGAAUGGUCCUCAGGCUCGUCAGUUCACACCUUGCAUCAAACAGAUCGACUUUCCUACCAACUUAAUUCGACUGGAAGUAAAUAGCUCCCUUUUGGACUAUUACACUGAAUUAGAUGCAGUAGUGCUACAUGGUGUGAAAGAGAGACCUGUGCUUUCACUGAAGACUACAAUGAUUGAUAUGAAUGAUAUUGAUGAGGAUGAGGAUGAAGAUGAAGAUGAAGAAAAAGAUGGUGGUGGAAUGGAAAGUCUUAAUAAACAGUUCAGUGUUGCUGCUCUCAAGGAAUGGCCAACAAAUGGAUAUUUUGAUAAACUACCUUAUGAGCUCAUCCAGUUGAUUUUGAGUCAUCUUACAGUACCUGACCUGUGUAGACUAGCACAGACUUGUAAGCUACUAUAUCAGCAUUGCUGUGACCCUCUACAGUACAUUCACCUCAGUUUACAACCUUACUGGGCAAGGAUAAAUGACACAUCUCUGGAAUAUCUACAGUCUCGCUGCACUCUCGUCCAGUGGCUGAAUUUAUCUUGGACUGGAAACAGGGGAGCCAUCUCUGUUUCUGGAUUUAGCAGGUUCAUGAAAAUUUGUGGCUCUGAACUAGUCCGCCUUGAGUUGGCUUGUGGCCAUUUCCUCAAUGAGACUUGCUUGGAGGUCAUUGCUGAGACAUGUGUAAACCUUCAGGAAUUAAAUCUCUCCUCCUGUGAUAAGCUACCACCUCAGGCUUUCAACCACAUUGCCAAAGUAGGCAGCCUUAAGCGUCUCAUCCUUUAUCGAACAAAAGUAGAGCAAACAGCACUACUCAGCAUUCUGAACUUCUGUUCAGAGCUUCAGCACCUCAGCCUGGGUAGCUGUGUCAUGAUUGAAGACUAUGACCUGAUAGCUAGUAUGAUGGGAGCAAAAUGCAAAAAGCUUCGUACUCUGGAUUUGUGGAGAUGUAAAAACAUUACUGAAAAUGGAAUAGCAGAACUGGCUUCAGGCUGUCAGCUCCUGGAGGAGCUUGAUCUUGGCUGGUGCCCUACUCUACAGAGCAGCACUGGCUGCUUCACAAAUAUUGCACGUAAGCUCCCAAACUUGCAAAAGCUCUUUCUUACGGCCAACCGAUCUGUGUGUGACACGGACAUUGAAGAACUUGCUGCUAACUGUACUCAUCUACGGCAGUUGGAUAUAUUGGGGACGAGGAUGGUAAGCCCUACAUCUUUAAGAAAAUUGCUGGAGUCUUGUAAAGAUCUUUCUUUACUUGAUGUGUCCUUCUGUUCACAAAUUGAUAAUAGAGUUGUGCUAGAACUGAAUGCCAGCUUUCCUCAUGUGCUCAUAAAAAAGAGUUUCACUCAGUGACUCGCUACAUAUGCAGCAAUUGAAUUCAUUUGACAGUGUUUCCUGUGAAUUUGUGAUGACUUUCUUUUUUUUAAAGAAAAAUAUAAACUCUCCUAUAAAAUAGGGGGAAAUGUUAAUUAUCCAAAUGGAAUGGAUAAUAUAUAAACUAAUAUAUUUGGUGGGAAGCUGUUAUUAGUCUGUACUUACUACUUGUUUUACAAUUUGUUAAUUGGUUGCAUUGCAUGUUUUUAAAUGCUAGCCAGAUACGUGGCUUAAAUUAGUGGAAAAUGAAAAACUUACUCUGCAAUGCCCUUUAAAAGAGCAUUUUUAUGAUAAAUUAUAUUAAUGUUCAAAUAAAAGUUAAGUUUUAAUAUUUAGUGCUAGGAAUACGAGGGAUGCUUUCUCUCUCCCUUAUUCUACUUUGUGACAUUUUAGUUUUGGUCUGCAACAUACAGUUUACUGAUUUGAUCUGUAAUGGUCUACCUGAAAAGUUGCUGAUGCUUCUGUAAGAUCAGAGUAGUUUGAAAGAAACUUUUCCCCCUCUUUUGUUGGCAAUGACUUAGAAGCUAUUUUAAAAUUUUGAUGCGUCUGAUGAGAAGAGGUAACUCCACAUUGAAUAGAUGAAGUGCAGAGAUACUUUGUAGCUCUACCUAAAUGACAUUAACAGAUGUCUACAAAAACCCACCGCAUAAGUUUGUAUCAGAAACAAAAAGAAAAUUACCUCCUUCUUCCUGGAUAUAAAAUUUGGUGCAGGUGCUUACUGUCAUAACUGAUAAUGUGUAGAAAACUCCAGAGCAGUUUUCUUUUCAAAUAUCUAGAUUUAUGGUCAAGUUUGUGUUGGCUUGUGAUACAUCUGCUUAUCACAUGAAAUACUAUGAAGUACUACUAUAACAAUAUUACUCAGGAUAAUGUAUUAGAAACUGAGAUGCUUAUUUUUUUUCAUUAAAAGAGUAAGUCCCAGUAAUCUAAAUCUCCUUAACUACUGAGCCUGGAGUAAAUAGAUGGUGAAGUCAGAGAUAAAUUCUAUGGUUUUCUUCCACAGUUAGCACUUGCCUGAGACAUCCUUUCCUCCCUAAAGUCAUCAGUGUUACUCUGGAUUGGUAUUUGCAGUAUAUGAUCAUAUUUGUAUAACUUACACAUUUUAUCCACUACUAGUGAACACAGACCACCAAAUGUGGUCUGUCAUUUGGGAUCUCCUCCAUUAUUGCUGCCAUAUUGUCCUGUAUUGUUUCUGAUUGUCCACUGGAAAAACAGGCAAAACAUUUCAUCCAACAGCAAGCUAUUGCUCUACAGAAGACCAGCAAAGGAUGCCAGAACUGAUACAGUAAAUAGAUGUCCACUCUAGAAGAGGACUACCUCAAACCAUUGAUGAACGACCUCCAUGGAUCUUGAAUUAGUACUUCUGACUCUUAAUACCCAUACCAAUGUUUUACAAGUCAUUUCACAAAAGAAGGGAAGAACAUUUUCUAUGCUUUAUAAAACUCUUCUGAUUUUAAAUUUUACAGAAUCUUUUAGAAAAUUCCAGAUCCAAAGACAAGUGCACAGAUGUCUGUUGUUCACACAUAGAUGUCACCAUGUGAUUUCCAGCUAGGUGCCUCCAUUCAGUUUUUGUUUCAGGAAAUUGGAGGUGCUUAGAUGUGUUUAAAUGUAGACAUUUUUUCAGCUGACAGAUGUCUGCCCUAAAGUGGUUCUGUGAAAGCCCUGGUAUUAUUUUGGGAGUACUCGCUUCUUUUGGCAGUUCCUCCCCUCCCCCCCACCCCAAACUUAUUUUUAUUAUGCUUUUAUGUACAAGUAAUAUGUACUCAUUGUAACUAAGAAUUUAACAUUAAUGUCCAGUUAUAGAGCACAGCUUCAGACAGUGGGUGUUUACAAACAUUGAUGUUUUUAAAAUACCAUUUUUUCUAUUGUAUAAUUUCACUCCUCAGGGUGCAUCUGAUUUUUUCAUCUUUCUUUUUCCUUAAGGAAUGUUUCUGAGCUUGUUUUUAAUUGCAAGUGGAAUGGGGUUGGCCUAUGAUGGAUGCAGUGCCUUUGAAAUUGUUCAAGUAGGUGAAUAGUAUAGCCUUAUUCUGCAGUUUGCAUGAAGCAUAACAGAAUUUGAAAGAUGGAGUAUAAAAAAGAUGGAGAAAGAAUUUCACUUCUCUUAUUUCUUAUAAGGAAGGUCAGAAUUGACUUCUGUUUCAUUUUUGUUGUUCAAACUAAAGGAUCUUUUUUUCUACUUGUCUCUUGAGUUUGGAAUUCAGUUUCUGUCUAGAACUACCUGUAGUAGCUGGAAAAUCCAUUGAAUUAUCGCAUCAUAUUUUCUAGUAAAGUAAAACCUAAAUUGUAUUCAGUGAGUUCAGAGCUUUAACUUUUGCUUGCUUAUGUUUAAUUUAAAAGACUGAUAAAUCCUUUGGAAGGAAGGACAUUUCUGGUUACAGUUCAAUACCGUGCCCCUUCAGGUAAUGGAUAAAAUGCUCAGCACAAUAUUGUAUACCUCCAAUAAGUCUUCCAGCAAAACAAGGAAAGACCAGACUUUAACAUUUCUGAUGCUUCUAAGGUAAAAGGAAAACCAGGGGGAAAAAACCCUACACUCUCAAGUCUUCUUUUAUACAUCAUAAAGAAGCAAAUUGUAGAGUAUGUGAUCCUAGUGAAGAAAACAGGACUACUCACAUGCUUUAUUCAUCAUAAUGAAAGGAAAAUUGGCCACAGUGCUUCCAGGUAAUUAUGAAGAAUAAUCAAGGAGUUUCUGUUAUAUUGUCAAACUUGCAUCACACAAGGAAACAACUCCUUUAAAAUGAUAUUUAUUUAUACCUGUAGACUGAAUUCCUCUUUAUCCAUGAAAUGGUGUAAGCUGUGGCCUUUGGUUGUGCAGCCUUUCCCGUGCUGCUUUGAGCAAGUGCCUCAGGGCUUGUCUCCAAAUGAAAGUCACUACAGAAUAAGGUAGAGUGUAAAUAUCAAGUCUAGGAACCAUUCUGAACCUAACCCCAUGUGGGGACACAUUUAUUGGGG